CAUUAUGACUCUUUGAAAAACAGUAAACAGUAACCAAAGAAACUGUUCUGAAAAGAAAUAUGAAAACAUUUUUUUCCAUUUCCAUAAAACAAAGGAGCAAAACGUGAAUACGAAUAUGAUUUAACUUCAUUCAAAAUCUAUAAAAGAAAAAGAAAAACGUAAAGAGAAGAUAAUCACCACCCUAUUGAAGCAGCGUUUUUGUAUCGCCAUCGACUGAGUGUCAGCCAUGAUCCUUAGAAUUAUCUUAGCGGCGUGGGCGGUGAUGGGCGUGACCUUAACCGUGCGGAUGAAGAGCAUGGGCGGAACGAGGUACGUCUUGGAAGGAAGCAACGUGACCCUCUCCUGUGAAUUUGACCUUGAAGGAGACGACCUGUACUCCCUUCUGUGGUGGCGAGACGGAUCGGUUCUUCUGCGCUACACUUCGCAUGGCGAGGACGACCUGGGUAAUGAGACCAUGGCGGAGGUCGAGGACGAGACUGAGGACGUGCUGGUACUCGACCCAAUCAGCAACGUUACAACUCGACCUCUCACUUGGUUCCCCAUCAAGGGACUGAAAGCUACGCUGGGUGAAGCUGGACGCCCUCAGGAACUCGUGUUGGUACAAGUUGACCACAAUUCUGCAGGAGUGUACACGUGCGAGGUCACCACGGAAGCCCCGCCCACUUUCCUGACUGCCAACACCUCCGUCACCGUCCAUGUUGUUGUGCCGCCCACGGGGUUGCCGGUGCUGCAUGGCACUUCUGGCGUCGUUACAGAGGGUCAGUGGAUAGCAGCUGAGUGCGAUUCCGCCCCCGCCCUUCCCACGCCCUCCUUGGCCUUCUUCAUCAACAAGACUCCUGUGGUGAAGGCGUUCAUGUCAUCCUCGACCGUCGCGAGCACCAGCGACCACAAACGCGUCGUUUCUCGCAGCGUCGGCUUCCCCGCCCACCGCCGCCUCUUCCCCAAAGGCCACCUCCUCCUCGAGUGCCGCGUCACCAUCGAGAACCUGGUCUGGACGGCCAGCACCGACCUCCUCCUCGAAGGUUACGACCCGGCGGACGAUGUGGCUGGAGGUGGAACUCGAAGGCUUAACUGGUGGUGCUUCCUCUUCGUCGGGAGCCUAUGCUGGAUGUCUUCAUAAUAAGUUAUUCUUUUAUGUUUUUUUUCUAGAACUUUCGUGAUUUCCGAGCCUGUCUACUUAAUUAUAACGAUCUCUUAGGAUUAAGCAUUCAUAUCACAUAUUUUUUAGCAACAGAUAUUGAGCCUAACGUAACAGAUAUGCAUAUCUGAAAUAUAUUUUAGCGUUCCCACAAUCUUAACAUUCUGGAUAUAGUAUGUGUACAACCCGUAGCUUAUUAGAAGUAAAUUAUAAAGAAUUUUCUCGUUUUAUGUGUAUUCCGGAGGUGAUUUAGUGUUUUUUUUUCUGUAAAGUGAAUAUAGCUUUCCCUAUACUGAUUUUCUCUCGAGGAAGAUAAUGUAUUAGAUAAACAACGACCUGGGUGCCUCGUAUAUGUCUACUCGUUAUAUUAUAAGGGUCACACUCUAUGGAUUCUUCAAACUGAUGAUGGCUUAGAUUGAAACACAACUGAACGG